AUGUCCCGACAACUCAAAGCAGAUACCUCCCGCUCCGUUCGUAGAGCCGACUCUGUUCACCCCCUGACGCAUCGGAAGAGCCUUCAGGCCAAACUCCAAUCCACGCCCACCCGUUCCAGCCCUUAUCAUCGAAGCGGCGCCCUCAAGGCUGGUCCUCCUUCCUCGCGAUCAGCUUCGAGCGUCGGAGGCUCUCCUCGUACGUUCUUCCAUUCGGACGAAAGCCUCUACUCUAGCUCGGACGACGACAACGACGACCUUGGCUCCAAACAUAUCCCAGGCAUCAAACUUCCGGUUCCCACCCUAGCCAUGUCGUCUCGCAAAGCGUCAAGAACGCAGCUCGGCAAAAAGCCCACCAAGGUCUACACCACCAAGAAAGAUCGAGCUCGUGGCGAGCGAAAAGCAAGUGUCCGCAAGGAACGCUUCGAAGAGCUCGACACCGACUCGGAUCUCACAGAUGUUCCUUCAGAUGACGACGCAGCCCAGGACACUGCCAUUGCAGGCCCCUCCUUCUCCGCUCUGGAGAAGGGCAAAGCAAGGAGCAUCGACAGUGACGAUGAUGAUCUCGAAUCUGAUUCGGAUACCGAGAUGGAACGCAAGCUCGCCGAGGCGGGCGACGGCGAAUCUCUUCUAGGCAGCGGCGCUUCUGGCGAUGACACCGAGGAAGAGGAAGAGCGCUUCAUCAUCCAAGAUGCUCUCGAUCGACAGUCCAAAGUCAAGUCUCGUCUCCAGCUCCGCGACCCCUCCGACCGUCGCAACCUUGGCAGCGAACGCAGUUCGGCAAGCAAAGGGGAUCUCCAGCAUCGCGCCCGCUCCAUUGCGAUACAAGGUGAAGACGCAGAGGCUGACGCGGAAGACCAAGACGACGAAGAUGACGAUGACCCCGACGCCGAUGCCGACCUCCUCUCCAUGUCUCCCAACACUCUCCGCAUGUACGGUCUGCCCGUCAUUGAAGACGAACUCUUCGAAGAGCAGGAGGCCUUCGGUUCCUCGUCCGAGCCAUCCUUCACCGACUUCUUUGAGACGUCUACCGACAGCGAGGCAGACCUGGCUGACAUCAACAAUGACAAUGGAGACGACGACGACGAGUUUACCACCGACUCGGACGAGGACCACGACAUCAGCGACCUCGAAGGCGGCUUGCUCGACGCUCCACUGAUCGCUCACGUCGGCACGACUACCGACGACUCGACUGCAGCUGCUGCAGACGCUGCCGAGGACGGCACCUUGGAACCCAAGCCCGAGAUGCCUUUGCUUGUUAUUGAAGAUCUUGACGGUCGUCUUAUCUAUGCCCGUGCUGGUGACGGCGAAGCUGUUUUCGGCUCAGAUGGCGAAUUUGAGUUCGUCGAUGACAGCGAUGACGACAGCGCCGACUGGGAAUUUGAUCAAGGCGGCAACAGGCUCUUCACCGGUGCACGGAACCACGGCGGCCUGCUCGCUGCCCCCGAGGAUGACGGCGACACCACGGACGAGCUCCCUGACGAAGAUAUGCCCUACCCGAGGCUCCUUGUCGGGUCUGUCGCUCCGCGCGGUGGUCGCAACGCAAGACGCGCCAGAGCGAUGGCCACCAACUCGCGUCGCCUGUCACCGGCAGCUCCUAGCUCUCUUCCGUCUCCUUCGCUGCCCCACUCUGCCCAGGCUCUGCCCAUGUCAGACUCGAGCAACAACGACAAGCUGUCCGGAAGCGGUUCGAGAGGAUCGCCAGCGUCCUCGGACGAACAAGCAGCAUCCAACGAUGUCGGCAUCACCAUCUCGACCGAGCAACUUGCUCGUGAUCCCGAGGGCACGCUCAAAGCAGCGGCCGCUGCGCUUGGCGUGACCGUCGAAGAGGCUGCGACCCUGGUCGCUGGCGUGCAGCUUUCCGCCGUCAGCGAUAAGCUUGGCGCCAGUGCAAGUGCCAGCGCCAGCAGCCACGGAAGCAGCACCACUUCGCUCGACAGCUCCAUGGCUGCACCCAAGACGCCUGAGCAGCAGCGUGUCGCCAACAUUGUCAAACCUCAGAUGGGUAGCUUCAUGCCUACCUCAGCCAAGUCGGUGCACCGUGCCGUCAUUGACGGCUCGCGCAAAGCACCUUCGCCGUUCUCUGGCAAGAGGAGUCUCGAGAAGAAAGGACUCGCGAAGAAGCGCAGGGCCGCUCGCCGAAGCUCUCUUUUGGACGAAGGCCUCUCCGCUAAACGUCUUCGAAGAUUCUCUUCUGCUAAUGAUGCUGCUUCGGCGCUCGACGAGUACAGCGAAAUGGCUCCUUCGUCACCCGAGCCCAUCAUCGAAGUGGAUCCCAUGGAGCUUGACGACGUGGUCGAUUCCAGCAUGAUCUGGCGCGGCACUGGCUCCAAGUCACCAUCGCCUGAGCUUGACAGCGGCGAUGCGCUGGAAGCAGGUCGUCGACCUUCUGCCCGUACUGCUCGCAAGACAUCCUCAGCUCCUGGCAUCAACCUCAAUGCGUUCGCAAGAUGGAACAAGAUCCCAAUGGGCUCCUUCCGCGAUUCGCAGGCAGCACCCGUGCCUUCACAGAACGCUUUUCAGCAGCAGCAGCACUCACAUCAGCAGCCCCUCGGCACGUUCCUGCUUACCCGAUCGCAAGGUCAGUCCAGCAGCCGAGCCGGCCGAACGAGCUCGCCCUUCCGCUCCAGCUCGCAUGCUGUGCGCAAUCCGGAGAUGUUCUCCAUCAGUCCUCUGCGCCAGCCGCAGGAGGAUGACAACAACGAGUCCGCGGUUCCCAAUGACAGCACGACCGGUAGAAGACGAUCCUUCAUCAUCUCACCGGUGCUGUUCCCGACUCGCGGCGGCGAGAUCCCGCCGCCUUCGUCUUCGUCGAACUCGUUCGGCACCCAUCAUGCGCCGACGUACAGCCAGAUCGCCGGCCUCCGUCUCGGCGGCAACAAUGCCGCUGCAGGCGAUGCUGCCAGUGUAGCAUCCAACACCAGCGCUGGUCCGGGCCGCAUUACGCGACGAGAAAAGAGGGAGAAGCGAGCCAAGCGGGCUGCCAUGCUCGCUUCGCAAGCCUACGAAGGCGAUGCAGCCGACGAGCAGCGCGCAGCCUCAGGCUCGCCAGCGCCUGUCCCGACUACGCCCCUUCUGCAGCUCUCGGGUCUGAGGGAUGGUAGGUUUGCGCAGGAUCAGGAAGAGUCACCUGCCACUGCCUUUCCUCGAAUGCGCAUCACGGAUGCAACGCCCACUCCGCGCGGCUCACCUGCUCCUGCCGGACCACCUACUGUUGGCAAAGAUCUGCUCCAGCCCGGCUCCAACGUAGGCAAAAUGGAUCCCUCCAGCGAUCCGGCUGCCUCGAGCAGUGAAAUCCACCUUGAUGCUGAGGACAAGCACGCCGAAGCUCCUUCUGCCACGGCUUCCAUGUCUGGUGCUCUCCCUUCAUCGGCCUGCAAGACUCCGCUGCACUCGCCCUUGUUCGGUGGCAUCUUUGGGGGUGUACUCAACUACGAUCUUGAAGACAAGGAGGCCGAGCCUCUUCGCAUCUAG